AUGAAUGAAACACGAAGACUAGAGGGAGAACAAGCAGCUGAGAGUGGAAUUGAAGGACAACAGACAAAUGAGAAGGAAAUGAAUACAAAUGUUACUAGUCUUGCUGAAGGCAGAGCAAGAAGAGAACUAAGGAGACCCAAAAGUCUCUUCCUUCUUCCUUUCUUCUUUAACUGUGCAAGAGAUAGGUUUUCCUUAUCAAUUGGCGCUUUCAUCGAGCUGAACAUGGCCCCUGAAACUAGAACCCGCACAUUCGAUGACAGAUUGGACCACACACAAGCUGAAAUCGAGGUUUUGAAGGAGCAAAUGACAAAAAAAUUUCAGGAAAUUGCAUGCAAGCUUGAUGCAAUCUUUGAUAAUCAUCGAGAUUACACAGCAACAUCAGGUACGACAUCCAAUCACAGUUCCCUGAAAGAUAAUCACGCAGCCCGUAAUGUUCGUCUCAAAGUACCCAAGUUUGAUGGUUCCUGCGAUCCACAGGGGUGGAUCUUCAAAAUCGAACAAUUCUUCGAAUUUUACAGCAUACACGAAGAUCAGAAGCUUCGUAUUGCUCCAAUUUAUUUUGAUGGAAAGGCUCUGGCUUGGUACCAAUGGGUGCGUUUUGGCCCAUCCGAAUUAGAGGAUUACCAAGGACAAUUGUCCAAGCUCAUGCAGAAUGGCUCAGUUUUGGAAUAUCAGGAAGCUUUUGAGACACUAUCCAAUAAGGUCCAUGGCUUAUCUGAAUCGUUUUUACUCAGUUGUUUUGUAUCAGGAUUGAAACCUAUUAUUCAACAAGAAGUUGCUUCAUUUCAACCUUCUUCAAUGACUCGUGCAAUCUCUUUGGCUAAAAUACAAGAAGCAAAGUUGUCCCUCAAAGAGGUCACCCCUAAACCGUUCUCUCCCUAUCCACCUAAAUUGCAUUCCCCAUACCCUCCACUCUUACCAACCCCAAAAACUGUACCACCUACAUUUCCACAAAAAACCACUACCCCUACUACUGCAUCUUAUCCACCGAAACCAUAUACUCACAAACUUUCCCAGAGCCAAAUACAAGAACGAAGAGACAAAAAUCUUUGUUUUACUUGUGGUGAUAAAUACUUCUUUGGUCAUAAGUGUAAAGCCUCUGUCCAUAUUUUGAUUGUACCGGAUGAAGAAUUCUCCCACUCUUCUGAUGAUAUCAUACCAGAAGACAACAAUUCCAUGAUGAGCACUCCUCCUGAUUGCCCUGACUCUGUGACACCACAAAUUAGCCUUCAUGCCCUGUCAGGCAUUAUGGUCCCUCAAACACUUAGAUUCAAUAGCCAUAUUGGCAAAUCCGAAAUGAGUUUGUUGGUGGAUGGUGGCAGCACACACAAUUUCUUACAACCAAAAGUGGUAGCAGCUCUCAACUUACCUAUGUCUUCUGAUCAGCAUUUUGAUGUCAUGGUUGGGAAUGGCCAGACUCUCAAAUGUGAGGGAUUUUGUCAAGUUGUACCUGUUCAAAUACAGCAGCACGUUUUCCUAGUGGACUUCUAUGUUCUCCCAAUUCAAGGUGCUGACAUGGUCUUGGGUGUCCAAUGGCUCCAAAUUCUGGGUCCAGUGGUGCUCGAUUAUAGCAAACUUACUAUGGAGUUUGUUUGGGCAGGAGAGUCAAUCAAGUUACAAGGAGAUAAGCAUACAGGUCCUAUAUCUUUGAAUCAGUUUCGAAGAUUACAACAUCAUGAUCAGGUUGCCUCUAUGUUUCAACUCACACUGUUGGAUUCGGUUACAAUAGACCCACCACCUGCACACCGUCCUGAAGUUACACUCUUACUUUCUGAAUUUGAGGGGUUAUUCAAGGAGCCUACAGCACUCCCACCUCACAGGCUGUUAGACCAUGAGAUUCACCUACAACCACAUGCUUCUCCAAUUAAUGUGAGGCCCUAUAGGUACCCACACUAUCAAAAGGCUGAGAUUGAAAAACAGGUACAACACAUGCUUGAUUCUGGUUUCAUAAGGCUCAGUACCAGCCCUUUCUCUUCUCCUGUACUUCUAGUUAAAAAAAAGAUGGGACUUGGCGCUUUUGCAUUGACUACAGAGCUUUAA